AUGCUUUCCCGCACCAUCCUCGUCGCUCUCCUCGCAAUCCAGCCCCUCGUCCAAGCUGGCCCCUUUGAAACUUGCGCCUCCGACUGCAAGCCAGCCGCCCAGGCCAUCGGAGCGUGGAAGCCCAACGAGCCGUGUCCUGCAACCACCAAGGACCUAAUUCAAAAGUGCUACGACUGCAUCAAGGGCGCUGGUGCGGACGCGAACACUCUCGCGGCGCAGCAGUACCGUAUCGACUUGUGCGCCAAGAGUCUCGGCGACUCUGUACCCAGCAGCGAUGGCGCCUUCAGUGUUUCUGCCUCCGGAAGUGAUAUGGCCUCGUCGUCUGGUGCCGAGCAAACUACUGCCACCGUAGCGGACGCGGUGUCCUCCGCCGAUGCCACUUCUGCCGCCACGGACGCGGCGUCAACCCCGACCACACCGGUCUCGCCUCUUUCUGGUCCAACGGGUGUCGCAUCAAGUGACACGUCGGCACCUGCCGCAUCGGCCAAAGCAAGCUCGGUAAGCCCGCCAUGGUGA